GCCCCGUCUCGCUGCGCGCCAACGCCAAUUCCCCCGCCGCUCUCGCUCCCCCACUCUCCCUCUCCCUUCUCGCCGCGUACACGCGCCCGCACGCCCCCGCCCGCCCACCCCGCUCGUGCCACCUAUCCCCACCCCACGAUCCCGAGCCACUAAGCGUCCCCCCGCCGCCGGGCGGCCGGGCUCCCGCCGGAUGGCGACGUCCCUCGCCGCCGCCUCCGCCUCCGCGCGCUUCGUCGCCGGCGGCGAGGCCUCGCCGGCGCGGCCCUGGGCGGCGGCCGCGCGCGUCCCCUGCAUCACCGGGCGGCGCAGGCGGCCCGCCGCCGGCGUGCGCUGCGGAGGGGCAAGGGCGCCGGCCGGCGGGGUUUUGCCGGAGGAGGCGGAGGCGGAGGAAGGGGGCCGGUUCGUCGGGUGGUUCCGGGAGGCGUGGCCGUACAUCCGGGGCCACCGAGGGAGCACCUUCGUCGUCGUCAUCUCAGGGGAGGUCGUCGCCGGACCCCACCUCGACGGCAUUCUGCAGGAUAUAUCCCUUCUUCAUGGUCUUGGGAUCAAAUUUGUUCUCGUUCCUGGAACACAUGUCCAGAUUGAUAAGCUCUUGGCUGAGAGAGGCAAGAAGGCUAAGUAUGCUGGUCGUUACCGUAUUACCGAUUCAGAUUCAUUAGAGGCUGCAAUGGAGGCAGCUGGCCGAAUACGGCUAACUAUAGAAGCGAAGCUAUCUCCUGGUCCACCAAUGUUAAAUCUCCGUCGACAUGGGGUUAAUGGCCGUUGGCACGAAAUUGCUGAUAAUGUUGCUAGUGGAAAUUUUCUUGGUGCUAAGAGGCGAGGGGUUGUUGGUGGCACUGAUUAUGGAUUCACUGGUGAAGUUAAGAAAAUAGAUGUUUCACGGAUAAGAGAAAGGCUUGAUAGAGAUAGUAUAGUUGUUGUGAGCAAUAUGGGAUACUCCAGUGCAGGGGAGGUCUUAAACUGCAAUACAUAUGAAGUUGCUACAGCAUGUGCUUUAGCCAUAGAGGCGGACAAGCUUAUUUGCAUUGUCGAUGGACAAAUAUUUGACGAGCAUGGCCGAAUCAAUCGUUUCAUGUCUAUUGAGGAGGCAGAUAUGUUGAUCAGAACACGUGCUAAGCAGAGUGAGAUUGCUGCGAAUUAUGUUAAGGUUGUUGAUGAGGAGGACAUUAAUCAUGUCCGCAACCUCCCGAUGAAACAGGAUACAGAACAUGGUUUGAAUGGAAGGAGCCAUUUUAAUGGGUACACUGCAUCUUUCCGGAAUGGUGUGGGUUUUAAUAAUGGAAAUGGUCUCUCUGGUGAGCAAGGGUUUGCUAUUGGUGGGGAGGAGCGCUUGAGCAGGUCAAAUGGUUACCUUUCAGAGUUGGCAGCAGCAGCAUAUGUAUGCCAUGGUGGUGUCCAAAGAGUUCAUAUCGUGGAUGGUACUGUUGGUGGAUCAUUGUUGUUGGAACUAUUCACUAGAGAUGGUGUUGGAACGAUGAUAGCUAGGGAUAUGUAUGAAGGUACAAGAAUGGCUAGAGAGGAAGAUCUUUCUGGUAUUAGAAAGAUCAUUCAUCCUCUAGAAGAAUCUGGUGUCCUGGUGCGCCGAACAGAUAAAGAGCUUCUUGAAGCAUUGACGUCAUUCAUCGUCGUGGAAAGAGAUGGUUCGAUCAUAGCGUGUGCUGCUCUCUUUCCUUAUCUUGAGGAUAAAUCCGGAGAAGUUGCUGCUAUUGCUGUCUCUGAAGAAUGUCGAGGACAAGGCCAAGGAGACAAGUUGCUUGAUUACGUUGAGAAGAAGGCUUUAUCCCUUGGACUGGAGAAAUUAUUCUUGCUUACUACACGGACAGCUGAUUGGUUUGUUCGUCGCGGCUUCAAGGAGUGCUCCAUUGAAUCGCUGCCAGCAGUGAGGAGAAAACGAAUUGACCUUUCGCGUGGGUCGAAAUACUACAUGAAGCGGCUCCAGGUUGCAGAGAUUGGGCUUAUGGCUGUCAACGGGUUUGCCAUGAGAUGAUUCAAUGCUAGUUUACAGAUCUAGUUGCUGCACACGAGGGUUGUUUGAUGACCCCUGCAGCGCUUGUACAUUGUAGAACUGUGUUUAUGCAAGUAAAUAUUCGAUGUAUUUGCAUAAAAAGGGUAAAUAAUCGAUGUGACGGUUGUUUCUUGAGUAGGAGCUGCCACUGGGGUUGGUAUAGUGUAAUCUUUGGCUGGCUAAUAGCUUUGAGCCAGUUGUGUUGUUGUACUGUGACCGAUUCCCCUUCUCCACCGUUUUUUUCACCGGGCGAAAUGGAGUUAGCUAGUCUUGUACUCUUGUAAACUA